AUGACAUCCAACUUUGUUCAAGUGAACGGCAUUAAGCUCUUCACUAAUGUAGGACUGUGGCCGUACAAUGACGAUGGAGUUCGCUUGUGGAGCGGUUCCAUUCGGAUCGACGCCACAGACGCCGAGAUUGUGAGCACAAUUACCCUUGGUCGCAGUGAUCCAGGAACUAAAAGCGACCAGUUGCUCUCUCUGAACUUCAACUUGCGGUGGAAACCAUGGGGUAAGGCACAGUUCCAGGAACUUACAACAAACUACAAUAUCAUAGCCUACUUCAGUGAGACAGCGAUCACCGGUAUAAGGUUCGGUGCAGUUGCCACAAAUCUCAUAUGCCUUUCUUCCGGUGCACUCAUGGAACUGCUUAAAGUUCCGGAACCAGCAAUUGGUACAGCCAUAAUGACGGUUAUCAUUGACAACGUACCUACUGAUCUCAACUUAUACAAACUUGAUGGAGCAGAAGAGUUGUUUUUUGGGACAGGAGAACCAAGCUUGCUCAAGAAGCUUGCUAUACUGAAAAGAAAUCCCAAGAAGACUCUGUGGGAGAACUUUGAUGAGCAUCGGAGAGCUUUCGAAGCUGUAUCGACACAUAUUAAGCCUAUAUUCCAGAAUUCUCCAACCGGGCUAACUGCAUGUAUAUUGAAUUCGCCAACAAGAACGUCAACGUGGCAGCUACUAAACCAAAUUAUUUAUCCUGUAGUGUUGGAACUAUUGCAAGAACUUGGAGAUUUCGCUAAAGAAGAAGCGAAAACGAUGAGAAAUCACGCGGUUGGUUCCAAGUGGCCGUCGAGGAACGUGGAAGCAAGCGAUGUCACUGAGAUGGUGCUGCUUCGUCUGUCGAAGAAACUACAGGAAGAAUAUAAGAAUACCAAUUCCGCACGAAAUGAAUCAACUCCGAGCCUCUGA